AUGUCGACCCUGUCCCUCCAACCCGACCGCUACUCGGCCGACGACCGCGAUGUCCGCGUCGAAGACUACCUCGACGACCAGCUGCAGUCGUCGACCGACCUCGACAACCUCGACGACCUCCUCGCCAAUGUCGAGCUCCAGCGCGGCCAGCUGCAGACGCAGCUCGACACCGCGACGCGGGAGCUCGAGGACGCGCGGCGCGAGGCCGACUCGCGCCAGGGCUCGCUGCAGGAGCAGAUCGAGAGCUUCCGCGAGCUCCAGCGCAGCAUCGACGUCCGCCUCGAGAUCGUCGCCAAGUCGGACGCCCCCGACGAGGCCGUCCGCCGCCUCGAGGCGCCGAUGGGCCAGCUGCGCAAGGUCGACCUGGCCUACAAGUACCUGCUCCUGCUGCAGGACGUCGAGGCCCUGGCCGCCGAGGCCAAGUCGCACCUGCCCCAGGACCCAAAGGCCGCCUUGGAGCCGUACUCCCGUCUCAAGCAGAUGUCGACUCGCCUGAGGGAGCUGCAGGGGCCGGCGGACGAGGCGGCGGGGCAUCUCGUCCGUCACGUCGGCCAAGUCACUGAGAGCUUGUGGGCUGGGAUGAAGAAGACCAUGUGGGAUGAGUACGAGAGCGUGUUGUCGCAGAGGAAGUGGCCCAACGUGGACGCGGAGCUGGAAGUCGACGACGAGUGGAGGAGCUCGUUCGAGAAGCUGGUCGACCUUCAGGUCCCGGAGGUACUGUUCUCGGAGCAGAUUGUUGCUCUCCUCCCACUCGAUGUCAUGGCGCAGAUCUUCAUAAAGGAGUUCCGCUUCCACUUUCUGAGCGACAGGAGGACGAGCAACCCAAUGCAGAUCGGAGAGGUGUGCUUCCCGUGGUUCAUCGACCGCGUGGAGAAGUGGGAGGACUUUCUCAGGGAUAAUUUCGGGUACAGCCUGGUAUCGCGUUUCCAGGACACCGCCGUGUCUGGCAAGAUGGUCUACAUGGACCCGGUCUGCGCCUUCAUUACAGCUCUUCUACCAGUGAUGAGGGAAAAGAUUGAUCAGGCUAUGGCCGAGGCCCUCAAGAGCCCCAGUUUCCUGAGCAGCCUUAUGGCGCAACUCAUGAAGUUUGAUGACGAAAUCCGGCAAAAGUUCAGCUAUGACGGCGGCGAUGAAGAGAAGGGCUGGCGUGGGUUGGCUUCCGAGGUUCUCGAUAAGCACUUUGAUGAGUGGCUCCAGGCUGAGAGGGACUUUGCUCUCGGGCGCUUCGAGGCUAUCAUGAGCAACCUGGAUGGCCGGAACAUCGAUUAUGACUACAACGGGCCGGGCAAGACAAAGCCGACCUAUCACGCAGUCAGGGUGAUGGACCUGCUACGAACAAUCACAACUCAAUACGAGCGCGUGAGGCGCUUCUCUCACAAGCUCAAGUUCCUGAUCGACAUCCAGAUCGACAUUCUGGAUGCGUACCACGACCGCUUGAGGGGGUCUCUGGAAGCUUAUUACUCGAUCACGUCGACCGUUGGGAGAACGCUCCACGGCGUAAGCAAGGAGCAAGCUGCAGCCCUCGAGGGAGUGGGUACCUUUGAGACGUUGUGCAAGGUCUUUGGAAGCGCGGAUCAUGUUGUCAACUGCCUCAGGGACUGGAGCAACGAAGAGUUCUUCGUUAGUCUCUGGGACGAACUCCAACGCAAGGCUCAGCAGGUGGAAGGUCAAGACAACCUCGCGGGCGGCAUGAGUUAUGAUGCGGUAAAGGACCGCACGUCUUCAGCCGUCGGCACCGACGACGCUGGAGGAGCCCUGUUUGACGAGACCACAGCUGCCUACGCAGCCCGUCGCAAGUCGGCACAAGAGUACCUGGUCUCUGCGCUGAUAGAUUCCCACUACAAGGCCUUCCGGCCUUACCUCUACAGGGCCCAGUGGACGACGAUCAACGAAGACCCCGCCGCCAUCGACCCCCAACAACUUGCCAUCACGGCAGAGCUGGACGAACCGCUGAGGAUCUUGAAACGAAACCUAGAGUUCCUCUCGCGCGCCCUCGGCACCGCCACCUUCCGCCGCAUCUUCCGCGACGCCCUCGAGAAGCUGCAGGAGGCGCUCUGGGCCGACAUCCUCACCCGCCAGAGCUUCACCACGUUCGGCGCCGCCCAGUUCCUGCACGACAUCCGGGCCGUCGCGUCCCUCGUGGACAGGUACAUCCCCGACGGCGGGUCCGGCGCCUUGGAGACCCUCACCGAGGGGGCGGUGCUGCUCAACCUGCCGCUGGAGCAGCCGCCGCGCGAGGAGGGCUCUUCCGGCGGCAGCACGGCGGCGCCGGCGCCGAUGACGCUCAAGCAGGCGACGGACCGCGUGUUCACGGACAACAGCGAGGCCAAGAAGGUGCUCGAGGAGCUGGGCAUCGGGACCCUCACGCCCGCGAACGCGAGGAACAUUCUGCAGAGGAGGGUUGAGAACAGCGAGUAG